CUUGGAUAUCCCUUUCCAUCUGGGACCCAUCUGUGUUUCCCUGGAUUCGGACAAGACGCUCAGACAGCGAGGAGCUUGCAUAUGUGGGAGAGCAGACACAUGUCUGACAUAUGAAGAAGGGGAGAGAGAGAGAAAAAGCAGCAAGAACCGGCUGGAUUAUAGUAAUACUAGGAAAGAAGAGAGGAUAGAAGGAGGGGUGCAUCUAUUCCCAUCCCAACAGAAGACCAUUAUAGCAGAAAUAUUUCAAGAUUUCUCACUUUGUUUUUCUUUGCUUCGGCAUUCAGACAGUGGAGAGAAGAAGAACCCUGCAAUGCCCGGUUCUCCUGUGGAGGUCAAAGUCCACUCCAGAUCCAUACCUUCCGCAAUGCCACCCCUGCCACCCAUCAACCCCAGCGGGCCCAGGCCAGCGUCCUUCUCCUCCACAGCACUGACCAAUGGGAUCAACCACUCCCCUCCCACGCUGAACGGAGUGCCCUCCCCUCCUCAGAGGUUCAGUAACGGACCUUCAUCCUCUUCCUCCUCCUCACUGGCCAAUCAGCAGCUCCCUGCCACCUGCGGAGCCCGGCAGCUGAGCAAGCUGAAACGUUUCCUCACCACGCUGCAGCAGUUUGGCAAUGACAUCUCACCAGAGAUCGGGGAGAGUGUCCGCAACCUGGUGCUGGCACUCGUGAAUUCCACGGUUACAAUAGAAGAAUUCCACGGCAGACUUCAAGAAGCAACCAAUUUUCCACUCCGGCCCUUUGUGAUCCCCUUUUUAAAGGCUAACCUGCCCCUCCUGCAGAGGGAGCUCCUGCACUGUGCCCGGGCUGCCAAGCAGACCCCAGCGCAGUACCUGUCCCAGCACGAGCACUUGCUGCUCAGCACCACCAUGGCCUCCCCCCCUGACUCCUCGGAGCUGCUGCUGGAGACCAACGAGAACGGCAAGAGACGCAGCCCUGACAGAGGUAAAGAGAACGGGUUUCAUGAGCGGGUACCUGUCGCCAUGGAGCCCCCAGCCAAACGCAUCUGCACAAUCAGCCCUGCCCCCCGCCACAGCCCUGCCCUGCCGGUGCCCCUCCCACUGAACACUCAGCACCAUCCCACACCUCCCCCCCUGCAGCACUACGCCCUGGAGGAUGUCACCGGCCCGCACAACUACCGGGACCCCCAGCGCCUCCUAGAGGUCCGAGACGUCAAAGAGCGGCCACGCCAUCCAGGCACAAACGGGGGCUAUCGCGAAGAGCCAAUGGACCACAGGCUGACAGAGCGAGAGUGGGCGGAUGAGUGGAGACACCUCGAUCAUGUAAGGCCUGUUGUUUUCGCCAAGGGCAGGACAGAACAAGGAGUGCAAAAUGUGCUGAACUGCAUCGUGGACAUGGUGGAGAAGACGCGGCGCUCCAUCGCAGUGCUGCGCCGCUGCCAGGAGGCAGACCGCGAGGAGAUGCACUACUGGAGGAGGCGUUCCAGUGAGCACGAGGAGGAGAGGAAGAGCACCCCCUCCAAGCAGAGCAGCCCCCGCGGGGGAGGAGACAGCGAUUCCCAGUUCACACCCCGGUCUGGUUACGUCCCGGAUGAGAUCUGGAGAAAAGCUGAGGAGGCGGUGAAUGAGGUGAAGCGGCAGGCCAUGGGCGAGGUGCAGAAAGCCGUGGCAGAGGCUGAGCAGAAGGCCCUCGAGCUGGUCACUGUGGAGAGAGCCAGGAUGGAGAAGACCCUGGCAGAGGCCAAGCGCCAGGCCACCAAGGACGCCAUCCAGGUCAUCAACGAGCAGGAAGACUCCAGCGAGAGCUGCUGGAACUGCGGUCGCAAAGCCAGUGAAACCUGCAGCGGCUGCAACGCGGCCCGUUACUGCGGCUCAUUCUGUCAGCACAAGGACUGGGAGAGGCACCACCUGAUCUGCAGCCCAGGACUCCAGGCGCAACCCAAACCCCCCUCCGCAGUGCCAGGCAGGGCAGCGGGCAAGUUCCCAGACAGCGUGGCUACAGCCAGCCCAGCACUGGAGAAGAUCACCACGACUGCCUCCAGGUCAUCGACACCAGCCUCUGUCUCAGCCGCGGAGACCAAUGGACACUAAGACCCUCCGUGGAGAACUGGAGGGUAUCUUUCAAAGCCAUUAACUUUUCAACUGUAUAUUGUCAAUGACACAAACAGAAUCCCUUCAAAGCAACUGAUCAUCCACACCUAAAAAGAGGGACACUUUCUUGGAUUUUGGUUGGGACCUAUUGAAAGGUGUCCAUUCCCUCCAUUGUAAUAUUGUAAUGCUUAAAAAAAAAAAACAGGGACCUUCUUUUCCUCAGUACCCAAUCCCA